AUGGCGGCAGCCACGCUUCAAGGUGAGGAGGCGGAGGAGGACAAGACCUCUCUGGAAUCCGAAUUUUUUGAUCUUCUGAUUGCGUCAGAGCGCGUGGGCACAUUGGUGGAUCGCAUCAAGGAUACUUCCUGCUUCCAGAGAAGAAGGCAGGCAGUAUUUGAUCUGGCGGCUGCCAUUGAGAAGAAGGAGACCUACGUUGUGGAGGUGCAGCAGCACAGCUAUGGUCCUGUGACAGUGACGGUGAAGGAGGGAACGCUGGCUGACGGCCUGGGAGCUCGGAUCUGGGCAGUCGCCAACAGCUUGUGCAGUGCGCUGGUGGACAAGCCAGCACUGGUGCAAGGCAAGAGCGUGCUUGAGAUUGGAGCCGGCACCGGCUUGUGUGGCAUUGUGGCUGCAAAGCUAGGCGCUGCACAUGUCACACUCACAGAUUAUGCGGAGCCAGUCCUGCGUCUCCUGCGUGACUCUGUCGCUGCCAAUGCGAGCUGUGCAGCCGCAACCAGCAGCCGCCCACUCAGUGCCGAGGCAGCCUCAGAUGACCGCUACCAGGCGGAAGAUUUGGAGUUUGAUCCUGAGGAUGCAGAGGAGUGCGAUGAUCUGGACGAUUUCUUUUGUGGUGGUGGUGAGCGGAAGCAGCCUGCGACACUGCGCUGGGAUCUGGACAACAUGCGUGUACGCCACAUGGACUGGGCGGAUGAUUUAAGGAGGCUGCAAGGCAGAACAGACGUGGGUGGGAGCAAUGGAGUGGUGAGGGAUGAUGUUGGGGAAAUUGUACCCGAUGUGGAGGAUUCUGACACCUUCGACGUCAUCAUUGGGUCCGAUGUCCUGUAUGAGAUGGCGCAUGCGCAGCUGGUGGCAGCAGUGUUGGGAAGGCGCUUGCGAGCGGGCGGCACAGCAUUGAUAACGCUGGCCGCUAUCUUGGACACCUUCCUCGGCUCUGUGACUGGCAUGGGAAUGUCGGUGGAGAAGGAAAAGGUGCAGCCAUCUACGGAGAACAGAGGUAUCUUAGGGCUAGAAAGGGACUACGAGGGUGGCUUCGCCAUGCUCACAGUGGUCCACACAUCAGAGCUGUGA